AUGCACACGCUCAGGUCAACCAAGCAUCUCAGUGCAGUUUUCCUCCUCGCCACCCUGGCUGUCGCCAAUACACUCACACUCUACCGGAUCGGCGAGCUGGGACAGGACCAACCAGGCGCUGGCAUCAUCGACCAAGUGCCCGCCGUCACAGCGAUAGGCGUCGGCUCAGAGGGCGGCACGACGUACGAACAGCUCCAGCGCGUCUACAUCGGUGAGUCGACAUUCUCCACUGGGACGCCGCCCACCUUGACGACCAGCACCUGGAUUGGCGAGGAAACUGCUAUCUUUGUCCAGCACGCGUCCUGGGCGUACAGACAAGUCCCAGAUGGGUCUGGGCGAUUCAACCUUGUCGAGCUCAACUGCACGUUGCCUGCGGAAGGGAGAGAGGGCAGCGAAUGCGUCGAGGUUGUUCGAUUGACGAGUGGACCAACAAGCGCACCGACGACGACGGUUACUCAGGUCUCGACGUUCCCUGGAACGUUGGUUGGACGAUUUACUGCUACAGGUCCGAUUCCAACAGGUCCACCACCUCCGACUGCAACUGCAAAUGGGACGAGUGGAUCCAGAAGGGACGUUGGAAGGUGGUCCUGGACGUCGGCAGUGAUAGGAUUCGCGGUGCUGGGAGGAUGGAGAAUCGCCUUGUAG